AUGUACCCGACGUCCCACACGUACUUUUCGUCUGAGAACAUCGAUUUGCCCCCGUGGGGUCCUUUUCGAUCUACCAUGUCACCUGUAAAUCCAGCGCAAAGCAUGCGCCGAGGAGCAAGCUUAGAUUCGAGUCCAGGUAUGCGCUACGACACGUUGCGAGAUCCGAUGUGGUCGUCAGUCUACCCGGAUGUGACGCAACGGCCCUUAUCUAUACCGUGGUCUGCACAGAUGCAGCUGUGGUACUAUCUCGAUCCGUCGAGUACGAUGCAGGGUCCGUUUCCCGCCACCUCCAUGCAGGCUUGGUAUGAGCAGAAUUACCUGUACCCUGAUCUCCUUGUUCGUCCGGAAGAUGACGCUCAGUUCCGCCCCCUGCACGCGUAUGUAGCGGAGAUUGGUGACCCUGUACGUCCGUUUCUCAUCCCUCCAAAGCGUGUAGGCCACCCGUCCUCGGCAUCGGCGCCGACGCCUCCGAACAUUCCAUCGUCGGUGCUCGGAUCACCGCAUGUUUCUGCGACAAAUUCCCCUCAGCUUGUUCAUGCGUCGCCCCAGCUAGAUCCAAGUGUAAGAGCGACUGAUCAUUUACGCCAAAAUUCAGCGGUAGCGGCAGCCGCAACGUCCGCCAAUGUCCCCUCAACCACGGCGACAACAGUGUCGUCCAAUGCCUCUAACUUGUCUGCGGACGACAUUUUGACGGCACUUCGUGUUAUGUCCCAGCUUCAGGCUCUCAUGCCUAACUCCACUGAGACCCAGACCUUGCAAAUGAUGCAGAAUGUCCUCGCAACCUCUGUGCCCCAUGCUAACGAGGCAGGUCUGAAUGAUAUCUUGCAUGCGAUGCAGCGGCAAGCAGCCAGUGACGCGUUCCGAGCUUCGCAAGCUCGUGCAUACGCGGAUGCCGAGCAUCCUGUACAUGCCUCAAGUAUGCCAACAUCUUCAUCGUCGUCCGUCCACAACGAUACCAACUGGCCAUAUAACCAUGACCAAGAACUGUCAUUAUACUCUGAUGAAGACGACGAUCCUUUUUCACCUGAACCGAAGCGCGGAUCGGAUGCACCCAAGCAAAUUCCAACUGUCCUGCCGGAUGCGUCUGCGUUGCGAGCCCCGGUAGCUAAGCCCCUCGAGCAAGCGCAUCCUGACCGUGCGGGCUCGAUUGGCACACCUUCCGGCCAAGCUGAUGCCUCGGACACUGUUGCGGCUUUAGGUGAAUCCACUACUGCCACUAUUGCUGCCCAAAACCCUGACCUCCCAGCGCAUGACUCGAUGCCGGGCUCAGAUACCAUUUCUAAUCCUGUGUCAAACUCCAAUCCAAUCGAUCCCAAAUCAACACUUCCGCCCAAACCUGCUUUUCUUUCGAAGCCACAACUUCCUUCCGGUCUUGAAUCAGCCGAUCCUUCUCAGAAUUCUGAGCCAAGCCGAGGUCUCGCAAAGGACAUUUUUCCUUCCACUGAUCCCACGCCUAGUCGCAAGGCCGCAUCUCACAUGGAAUCAUCAACGCAAGUCUACUCCUCUUCACAAGUGCCAGAACCAUCAAAGGCGCUGCAGGCAGUGUCCCCGUCGAAAGCACCCAAAUCGGACAAGGCACUCGACGCAAAGCCCAUUCCAACGUCAGACUCGCAUGCAACCGAGGCUGACGCGGCUGUUUCCGCUUCUGUGAAUGUACCGCCAUACUCAUCUGUUCGGAAAUCGUCCACUGCGACCGGCCUAUCAGGAGGCUCUACAGGUUCAAAUGGUUCCCGAGGUUUGGCGAGUUCAUCUGCCACUUCUGACUCUGGCACCCCAACGCCUUCAGAUCCAUCCACCCGAUCCACAUCGACUUCAUCCUCCAGCGCAACGCCUAAGCCAGCAUCUGUUCGCCCAGCUCCAUGGGCCUCCGCCUCGGCGAAGCCAGCACAGGCUUCAACUCCCAACAUGCGUGAAAUUCUCGAAGCCGAACAGCGUGAACGCAAAGCACGCGAGGCUAAAGAACGUGCGAAAAAUUCUGCCAUGCUUGCAAGUGCCAUGGCGUCCAUGCACAUGUCACAACCAACAUUGACAUCAUCAUCUUCAACAACAGGGGGGACUGUGUCGACGGCGGCAACAACUCCUCGCUCCACUGGCGUGGCCUGGAACGUGCCGAAGUCAACAACACCUGCGAAAUCACUUUCCCAAAUCCAACAAGAAGAAAGCGCGCGGUCCGCAAGUGAGAAGGCUGCACAUGCUCAAGUUGCACGCUCGUCGGCUUCGCGUGCUCAAGGUGAGCCGGAUUCACCGAAUGAAGCUGGCUGGGUCAAAGUUGGGAGCUCAUGUGGCAAGGCGCACGCUCUUCCACCCAAGCCUAUUGCGGCUGUUAAAAACAGCGCCGGAGGCAGCGGCCAGGGCAACAAUAACAGCAACAAUGGCGGCGCCGGCGCGCCUAAGUCGUCGCUCACGCAGGUACGUGCGUCUUUGCCGAAUCGUCCGCCGGCUUUGAGCUCGUCUGGUUCAGGCUCUGCAGUUACAACAUCUUCUUCGGCUGUCCCAUCGGAGGCUGACGAGGACGGCUGGGUCACGAUGAAGCCCAAGCACCAAGCUCGUCGGGAUGCGCUUUCUCAAAUGAACGACAGCAUUCCGCGACCGAGUGGUUCGGCUGCUGGUUCAGCAAGCAGUGCUUCAUCAGCUACUCGUUCAUCAACCUCAACCAUGGUCCCUUCAUCGACCCCUCAACCUCCCUCGCCAGAAUUCGUGAAGUAUUGCCGCGAUCAGCUCAAAGGACUUCGUGCCAACAUUGACGACUUCAUCGAAAUGCUGUUGUCAUUCCCCCUGAACCCCUCGCCCGAUGUCACGGUCAUCAUUGCCGAAGCUGUGUAUGCGAAUAGCAGUACACUUGAUGGCCGUCGAUUUGCAGCCGAUUUUGUUACUCGUCGCAAAGCAGAUGCAUAUCGUGCUGUCACUAUAUAG